CACACUUAAACCCAGCAGUGAUGGAAUAAGAUAAGAGGCAUGAAUGUGUAAUGCAGUGCAGCUAGGGGUGUAUGUGUAUCUGUGCAUGUGUGUGUGAGGAGGAUUGUGUGUGUUAGGACAGACAGCUGAGUGUAUGUCUGCUUGAAGUGAGGAGUUCAUGCGAGCUGAACAGGCUUUUUUUUGCUGGACAUGUUUUGCAGCAGUGCAUUCCAGAAAGAAGGAAACAGGGAAACAGACAAAUGUUUUCAGCAACAGUCCUGGAAAUGUGAAUUCUCCUUUAGAGAUAAGAUGUGAAGAUCAGUCUCUGAGCUCUUAAAAGGACAUUGUUCUAAAUUAGUUCUGCACUGAACUAGCACAUGAUGACUUUUGGAGGUAAUGCAGCAUAUUAGUGCCACUGCAACUCCAUGACAUACUAAAGAUAUUAUCAGAACACAUGGGUGGAAAUACAAGGUUUUAUGCUGAAUGAAGAGGAUAUUAUAUCAGGCAUUAUUAAAAAGAGGAUUUAAGCUGGAAAAAGAUCUAUCUUUUGUUCUUUCACAACUAAUUGGUCCUCUGCCUUCCUGGCCAAGACAUGAGUGUUUCAGAGUCCAGUGAGAGCUUGCCUGUCAGGGGGAAAGUUGGAUCCAGCAUGAGGCUCCCUCUUCACAGUGCAGGAGACCAAAAGAGGGACGCUUUCUCUGUUUCCCCCUCCUCCUCCUCAUCCUCCUCCUUUCUGGAGGAGAUCUCUCCUGGGACUGUGCAGAGUCUGAGCAGCCUCAGUGGAGGCCGGAAUGACAGUAUCAUGGACUAUGACAUGUUUGAGGUCAUCCUGACAAUGACAAAGAUGACACCAAAUGACAAAACUACAGACGUAAUUUCAAAAUUGGUGCCAAAAGAAAAUAGUGGAGUCAACGAUAAUAAUGACAUCUCAGUGGGAAAGGAAAAAACAGUACUAAAAGAAUCAAAUGACAACUCUGUGUCUGUUUACCUGGACGCCAACAGUGGCGAGUACUGUCAAGACACCUGGAACAAUAAUGACAAACUGACUCUGGCCCUGUCGCUUACAACAAACAACUUUAGUUGUGGUGAUAAUGAUGACCUCAGUAGUGGCACUAAAAUAAGGCAUGACUGCUCAACUCUAGAUUCAGAUGCAACUGAAGUCCCUGAUGAUGAUGAUGAUGAUGAAGAUGAUGAAGAGGAGGCUUGGUUUCUGUCUUUGAGUUCUGACACCUGUUUACAGAGGAACAGUGAGGCCCUCACUAGCUUUACGAGUCAGCUCAGCAUUGACUUCAUGAUCCCAGGUGGCUCUGCUCCAGUGACUGAGCUCCAGACAGAGGUAACCGUGGCUGUGGAUAUAGAUGAUGGUAAGAGGCUAGAACUGGUGUUAGAAGAGCCUGAGGCUACCUGCCCUAUUGAAAUACCAAUGGACAGCCAAACAAAACCUCCUAUUACUGAGGACCAUAAUAAAGACAUUCAGAUAUCAUCAUCUUAUCUGUCUACCAAUCCUACACAUGAUUCUAAAGAAGACAAAUCUCCUGAAUACACUGAAAGAUGUACAUUGGGCUCCAAAACCAGUCAGGCUGCCAGAGCCCCUGCUCCUUGGACCACUGCCUCCACAGUCAUCAAACCAACCAGUGUGGAGGCAAAGAGAGUUUCCAAACUAAAAACUGUCAAGGCUAAAGUCAGGUCAUGGCCCAUCCCAUCCCCACCUAAAACACCCAGCCAGCAGAAAAAAUCAGCUCCAGCUAAUGGAAGGAAAGCUGUUCCCAGAAGGGAGGAACCACAGACAGGGGAUGAAGGUAAAAGUCAAAGGUCAUCUGCAGAUCCAGUUAAAGUGUUUAAAGUGCUGAAACCCGUCAACGGAAAGAGCAGUAACCUCAGAACCCACCUAAAGACAGCUGCCAGUGACUCUGCUGAGCCAGAAAAGAAGAUCGGAGCUGUUGGUCAAAAGUUCUCUGCUUCGUUCAGCUCUCUUGGGUCUGAGGUGUCUGAGGAAGGACCUGUGGACAUUUCCAGGAAGAUUGUCCAGGAAGUGCCUGAUCAACAGGGAAAAGCUGAGUGUGUGGAGACACAUCUAAGUGAAGAUGCUGGUGAGGAGUCUGUGGAUGACCCUACAAAGGUGGUCAUAAUGACAGAGGCAGCUGUGGAGAAACCAAGGACUCAAAGCAGGAAAGUCUCCUCCAAACUAGUGCCUAAUGCCAGGCUGCAGAGGAAAAGCACUAGGCUGGAUAAGGCCUCUGGACCAGCUCUACCUCCAGGCUCAGGGGCUGGACCUCCAGGACGGGGGAGCACCGGGCCCAAGCAAUCCCAGAUUGACGGCUCCAUGUUAGAAGAAGCUCGACAGAGCAGUGGGGGUGGAUCUCCAACAAAAGUGAGGCAGACCCAAAGUCAGAGCCAGGGUAUUCCCAAACCUCGCAGCACCACAGAGCGAGCAUCUGCAUUGAUUGCUGGGAGUCCAACAAGCCCCGUCUUUAGACCAACAUCCCAUCAGCAGCCAGCACUUGGGUCAGCUGGACAACCUAUUGUACCCACAUUGUCUAAACUACCUGUUAAGGGAUUACCCACAAGCCUGAAUUCUUCGUCACUGGGAAGCAACGAAAACAAUGGAGCCACAAGCAAAGCUUCUCCAGCACCAACAGGGACAAGGCCAGAUGAGCAGCCCAGUAGAAGCAUGUGUCCCAUGGGCAGCCAGAGUGUGGCAAAGCCCCCCAGCUCCAGCACAACAGCAACCCAAGGCACCUGUAGUCCCAGUGACACAGUCAUCAGUGCUAACACUGCUGCUCCAAAGGCUCCUGUCAUUAGGACCAGAACACUGUCUCUGCAGGCCAGGACCAUGGCCACAGGUCUGAAGUCGCCAGCAGCCACCAACCACAACACAGGCAAGACAACAGCAGCCAGUCAGACAGCAGCAAAGGCUGCUACCUCUGCCAAUCAGGGCUUGACAAAACAGGACUCCCAGUAUCCCUUGCAAAGAAGUGGCCUAGGAAAACUGAGUCGGAUCAACAGUACAGUAGACAAAAACAAACCCCGGGAGGCUCCAGCGAGACCCACAAACACCAACAGCAGCUCACAAGCAGCACCCGCCAAAGUAAACAGCCAGAACCAGCUACAUCCUUCAACUGAACAGGUACCAAACUUGGUGAAUACAAAUUUGCCAGUAACAGCUGUCCUCCCAAUGCUUGUCACUGAAGUCAAAAGGCUUGGAUUCAAAGCAAGAACUGGGUCUCGGUCCAGCCCCAAAACUGGAUGCCGCAUGCAGAAUGCAUCCAAACCUGGUGUGGCCCGGGUUGCCGCGGUGGAGGGAAUGGCGAUUACAGCUAAACAAAACCUAAGCAAACAGCAGGCAGAGAAGAACAACCAGGCCAUCAACCAGCUGAGGAAGCUUCUGGUCCAGGGGAAUAAGAGAGUGGAGGCUCUGGCUACAGUCAUCCAACAUCUCUUCACAGAGUGUGAAGAGGCUUUGAAGCAGAAGAAGGAGCUAUCACUGGAGCUGGCAAAGCUCCAAGAUGAGCUGGUCACAUCAUCACAGUGCUGUGAACGUCUGCAGAAUGAGAGGGAGGAGUUGCGCCUCCGCUUGGGAGAGGCUUUGAAAAGUCUAGCGGAGCAGCACAAGGAGGAGCUGGUGCAGCUGGAAGACAGACUGAGGAGUUUUUACCAAACAGAGUGGGACAAAGUCCACCAGACGUACCAGGAGGAAGCUGACAAGUGCCGAAUGUUGAUGAAGCACCAGGUGGAUGAGCUGAGGAGCCAGCAGGAAAUAGAAAGGAAGAACCUGGAGAUGAGUCAAAGCCAGAGGAUGGAGUCUGUCAAACAGCAGUAUGACACCUCAAUACAAGAGCUGAAGAUGAUCCAGCAGACAGACUUGGAGAACCUGAAGAAAACCCUGACACAGACUGAAACUUCUCUCUCUGAGAAAAUAUCUGAGCUGUCGGCAGAGAAGGAGGCUCUGAAUGAGAAGCUUCAGGCAGAGGAGGAGAGGAGGAGGCAAAUACUCACAGACAAGAAUCUGGACUCCCACACAGUGUACCUGGAGCAAGAACUUGAGAGUCUGAAGGUGGUACUGGAGAUCAAGAACAACCAGCUGCACCAGAAGGAGAAGAAGCUCAUGGAGAUGGACAAACUGAGAGGAGGUCAGAGCCUUGACAUCCAGGACAACAACCUUCAUCUCAACAUCAGCAAAACGAAGGAGCUGAUCGUGGACAAAGGAAGAGACAGGGAGAAGAACAGAGAGAGUCCGCAGCUUCAGGUUCACAUCAGUGAUGAUAUGACCUGGACCCGCCACACAGACGGCCAGACAACGGCUCUUCUUGAGGAUCCCUGA